CCCCAUAGGCCAUAGCCAGUUUACGCCCGCUUGUUUUUACUUUCAUAUUCAAGACACCUGUUCUUUGUGAACUGGACAGUGAUUGUCACGACCCUAUACAGAGCUUGGACUUGAUUUCUCUCUCCAUAGACAAAGCAAGAAACAGAGCUUACCGUAUUUUUUUCUCUCUUACCCAAGACAAAAAGUGUUGAGGUUAGGCUUUGACUCUGGGGGACUCCUAGUGUCUACUGUUUUUGAUUUUUUUUUUUUUUGGAUAAGCUCGUUUCACUUAUUGGUUUCCAGCAUUUGUCUUAAAAGAUCUCUGCCAUAUCCACAAUCUCUUUCUAUGACAGCAAUGGAAAGGAAAAGUAAGGAAAUUUACUGCCUUGUUAGAGACCCAUUUGCAGUAAAUAUACACCAAAGAAAGUAAUCUUCAUUUAUUGUUGUUGCAAUUUGCAAGAAUGCAAGUUCAUGUUGAACAAGCAAGAGCAAUGGUUUGAAGUUUCAACCCCUGCAAGUCUAAAAGUGCAUUUAAAAAGCAAGAAUAUCAGUUACAGUGUGUCACUUUAUCUCAUCCUCUGACAGACUCAUCCAGUCACCUUCAUUUUCCUAAAGGUUAAUUGGCUCUUUUUUUCUUUUUUUGAGUUAAACGACUACGUAAAACCCAAAACGCCAUCCAGUACCAGGCACAGGUCAGUGAGCACAGCUCCAGUGAUUCUCUACAACUUUUCCAAGACACCUUUCUGCCAAAACCAAAACCCAGUCUUUUUUCCUGCUAAAAAGGGUUCAUUAUAUGGUCUAAUCAAGAAACCAACUUCAAAUUUAGCAAAAAUCCACCAUAGCAUUUAGCAGAGUGAAACAAAAAAAGAAAUGGGUUGUGCUACUUCAAAGAAAGAGGAAGAUAACGUUGUGUUACUGUGUAAAGAGAGAAAACACCUCUUGAAAUUAGCUGUGGAGCGUAGAUAUGCUCUUGCUGAUGCUCAAUGUAAGUAUAAUCAGUCUCUUUAUGCGGUUGCAGCUGCAAUAAGUUUAUUUGUAGCAAGACAUUCCUCUCCUUCUUCUCCUUUCCUCAUCACUUUCCCAGCUACUUCUAAUAAUGAGGCUGGUGAGAUCCCUAUUAUCAAUCCAAUGUUCCUUAAACAAAGGCCAACUGAGCUUACCCAUGAAACCAUUCCUUGUCAAUCCUCUCAUUCUAAAGUUUUUCUGAAGAAAGGAAAUCAAGAUCAAGGACAAGAAGAAGUUCCAAGAACUCAAGAUGAUAAAGAGGGUUGUCUUGAAUCCGUGGAAGACGAGCAAGAGAGUGAAGAGGAAGAAGACGAGGUUAUUUGUGAGCAUUUUUAUGGUGAAGAAGCUCCGCCAGCAAUGCCAUCACUAGAAAAGGAGUUUGCAUGGGAUUUCUUCAACCCUUUUGAUGGAGUGAAAACAGAGGUAGUGAGUAGCGUUAGUGGCAGUUCUGAUGAGGAAUUGAGAGUGGUGAGAGAGAAAGAGGGAAUUCCUGACCUAGAAGAGGAUGGCGAGAGAGUUAUGAGUGGGAGAAAGGUUGAGAAUGUGAAACAUGAUGGUGAUGGGGAGAAUAAGAAUACAGAUUUGAGAAAUGGGGAUGAUCAAUAUGCAAAUGUGAGCCAAGGUGAAAGAAAUAGUUUCAGAAUGAUUAAUAAUACACCCACAAAUGAGAGGGAGUUGUUGGAAGCAUUGAAGGAUGUUGAGGACCAUUUUCUUAGAGCAUAUGAUUCUGGUUUGGAUGUCAGUAGAAUGUUAGAGGCCAAUAGAGUUCAGUUGCAAUCUGGUUUGGAGGAACUUAAAGAGAGCUCGAAUAAACUAAUCCGGUCAAUUACUUGGAGCCGGUCUCCAUUAUCCCGAUCUUCUUCCUGUAAAAGCCUUGUUUCAUGUAGUUCCAGAAGUUCUUCUACAUGGACAGAAUUAAAGACUGAUCUGUUUGAUGAUUUUGGAGGAAUGGAAUCUGGAAGCCACUCAUUGACCCUAGGAAGGUUGUAUGCUUGGGAAAAGAAACUCUAUAAGGAGGUGAAGGCUGCAGACCAGACCAGGAAAACUUAUGCUAAAAAAUGUUCUCAAUCGAGAAGCCGUAGUGCUAAACAAGAUGGCCUCUAUGCCGGAGACAAAACCAGAGCUGAAGUGAAAGACUUGCAUAGCAGAAUCUUGGUUGCAAUACGUAGUGCAGAAACAAUCACCGAGAGAAUUGAAAAACUAAGGGAUGAAGAGUUGCAGCCACAACUUAUUGAGCUGCUACAUGGCCUAAUGAGGAACUGGAAGAUUAUGUUGGAAUCACAUGAAACCCAAAACCGCAUCAUGUUUGAAGUUACGUCUUUCAACUGUCCUGCUUAUGGAAAGUUUUGCAAUGACUCUCACCGUCUUGCCACUCUUCAGCUUGAGGCAGAACUUCAUAAUUGGCUUUCUUGCUUUGUGGCAUAUUUUUCUGCACAAAAGGCAUACAUUGAAGCCCUCACUGGAUGGCUUUCCAAGUUCAUUGCCCCUGAAGUUGAAUUCUGCUCCAAGAACAGGUCUUCAGCCCCUGAAUUAGGAGUCAAUGGACCACCAUUACUGGCAAUAUGUCAUGAAUGGUUGGCUAGCUUUGAGAAGUUGCCAAAUGACGCUGUAAUUUGUGCAUUGAAAAGCUUUGGGAGGGAUAUCCGGGGACUUUGGGUUCAGCAGGGUGAGCAGCAAAAACAGAAGAGGAAGGUCGAUGGACUUGCCAAAGAACUUGAGAGGAAGGUCUUGGCAUUCCAGAGAACAGAGAGCAGGAUUCUUGGUUCAAAACUCUCUGAUCAGGAAUUAGGAGUGAAUGUACGGAAUCGGAUUGAGUAUUUGGCGGAAAGAAAAAAUCUGUUGGAUAUGUUCAGGAAAAGAAUAGAUGCUGAGAAAGUAAAACACCAUGUUAGCAUGGAAGAGACUCAGCAGAUAACUGUGAAAGGAUUUCAAACAGGAUUUUAUUCAGUUUUUGAAUCCGUGGCUGAGUUUUCAAAGGCAUCUGUGAAAAUGUAUGCUGAUCUUGUGGCAUAUUGUGAAAAUGCCAAGGUACCCGAAGAUGAAGAUGAAAAGGAAAGUGAACCAAGCUAUGUAGAAGAAAUGAGCUCCUAUCUCUGGUGUUGAAUUGGCUGGGAAAA